UAGACAAGUUCUCACACCCACACUGCUCCCGCAGCCACUCUACAGACGACCCAACUCAUUUGGUGGCUACGCACAACGUCCAACAUAUCACACAGUUGCCUCGAUUCCACAAAACCGAGCCCCGGUUGUGGAGCGUUCUGUCGACGCAACGUCAAUGCAGUCGCUCCCGCCUGAUCAGCCAGUAAAGCGUCGAUCCCGAAAAUGUAGUCCGCCGUCAGACUCAGAGUCUGAACAGAUCACCGGUCACGUCCUUGCUUCUGGCAAGUUCAAGUGUUCUGACCCAGGUUGUGACGAUCUUCGAUUUGGUAGGCAGGCAGACUUCAGACGCCAUCACACCAACGUGCAUGCAGACAGGAUCCUCGAGUUCUUCUGUCCUAUGUCAGGCUGUGAGCGCUCGAAAAAACCGGCAAGAAAGGGCAAAGGUCGCAGCUUCAAAGGCCGGAAGGACAAGAUGGAAGAGCAUGUCCAGACUGUGCAUCACAAGUUGAGCAAAAAGAGAGAAAGAUCAUCUGAGACCGAGUCGGAUGAAGACAGCAUAGAGACAGAAGAACCACCCCCCAAAACUCAGCGACAAACUCAACACUAAAGGCACCUCAAUACUAGUGGCUACGCCCUGGCUCAUACAGUGCCUUGUAUAGAGCUAUACGUUUGUAUUAUAGCACAUUUGGCGUUUUUGGGAUUAGCGAAGCUGUCUUUUGAUGCAGUCACUUCUUGUGAUCCACUCGCUAGCAUAUUGGGUUGUUGCCCGUUCGGUUACUACUCUUUCGAUCUGCUUCUUGUAUACAAUGUUAGGACAGACAGCGAUGCAGGAGUGUAGGAAGGAUGUCAUAAGGCGCUGUGGUACCAUUGUAAGUAUGCAUUUUAAGACAGAAAAUGACACUUGUUUUAUGUUCAGCCAUUGUUCGGUGAAUGUCACAAACACU